UUUUGUUUUUUUUCCUUACAUCUCACACAGCCUCGAUACAGGGAGAGGGAUGAACCUACAACUACAACAAACGCAUACACGUCAUGAAAAACGCGAAAAUUCGGAGGAGUAACUCGACAAAGCGCCAGAAAAGUUUUUUUUUUUAGCAUCAAGCGCCGGAAAAGUUGUGCAGCAAAGCGAAAGGAGCCGAACAGCGGGGAGGGAGAGGGACUGUGCCCGUGCACCUCGCCUAUAAUCGCUCCUCCCGGAGCCCGCCACCCCCACCUCCAUCUCCGCCCCCUCCGCUUCUCCCCUCUUCUUCCUCAACCCCCAAACCCUAACGGCCCACCACCCCGCCCGCGACGAGGAGGCCGAGGGUGGCUUGAGUCCAAGAGAGCGCGGGAGGCCCAGGGGCGGCCAUGAAGACGCUGUGCCACAAGCCCGGCAAGGGCGGCAAGAUCCACCCGUCGCCGGCCGAGGACCCCAUCGCGGCGGCGUUCCGCCUCCUCCCAGCCGCCAUCGUCGUCCUCGUCGCCGGGCUGACCCCCGAGGACCAGCGGGUGCUGGCCCACCUGGUGACGCGCUCGUUCCUGGUGGGCUGGGACGCCGCCACGGCGCCGCCGUCGGAGCAGGCGUGCCGCGGCGGUCGGCGCCGGCGCGGGCACCCGCCGACCGUCGGGUGCCUGUGCUUCGAGUGCUACGGCAGCUUCUGGACGCGGUGGGGCUGCUCCCCGCAGCGCGACCGCAUCCACGCCGCCCUCGAGGCCUUCGAGGAGCACCUCAACGCCGCGGAGUCCGCCGCCGCCUCCUCCUCCGCCACCCCUCCCUACUCCAAGCGCCGCGACAAGGGCAAGCGCGGCAGGGCUGCCGCCGCCGCUCCGCCCCCGCCGUCCCCUCCUCCGCCGCCGCCGCCGCCGAUUCGGAGCCGCCCCAAGUCGCCGGAGCCCCCGGCCGUGGCGGAGGUCGUCCCGGAGCCCGCGUCCCCGCCUCCUCCUCCCACGCCGCCCCCGGCUCCCGCGGCGGCGGCGUGCCCCUCCGAGAACAAGGAGGAUGUGCCUGAAGCCCCCGCAGAGGCCACGGCGGAGGAAUGCGGCGGCGAGGUGGAGGUGGAGGCGGAGGCCGAGGAGGAGAGGAGGCGCGGGUGGGUGGACGUGAUGGGCGGGGUGCUGAACCUGCGCCGCUGGUGGAUUUGGAGUCCCGCCGUGGAGAGCGCCACCUAGAGGCGGACGGCAGCAGCCCGAGGGCAUUCCUGUGAAUGCCGGGCCUCUCUAGGGUUCUUUUGGGGAAACCUGUCUGCAUAAGCAACAGCAGAGAUAAAAGAAGCGCCGGUAAAUUCCUCUUCUCCCUCGAGGAAAUUUGGAAAUCUUCGAGCGCUGCUAGCUAGUAGUACUGUAGUAUGGGGUAACAUUGCAACCAGUGAUGGUGCAAGUGCAACUGCAACUGAACAAGAUGAGCAUCACUUGGUGCUUGUGAUGGUGUGAAUUCUGCUCGUCUUGCAGGGUAACUGCUUGCUGUGUUCAUAGCUUCCUUGCUCGCUUGCCUUCCUGCCCCUGAUCCUGCGUUCCUGCUGGAGGCAGGUUGCAGCCUCGCAGGAGAAGCCUCUUCCUUUUGCUAUGUAAUUGGGGCGGGUCGUUUCUGAUGAUCGAUCAUGUAGAGUAGUAUUCUCUAGUCAAUGCAGUGUUCGAUUUCGACUGUGUUGUGCUUCUUGGAUGGGCGAUCCUGUUUCAUUGGAAUCUUCAGUUCUUGCGUAGCUUGUUUU